UGACAAAAUGGAACCCACCAGCAGUGUGAGGAGACCUGAAAGUGACACCAUGGCAGAGUGUGGCGAUGGAGACAGCAGCAAUGGGAGGCCGUACAGGGACCCAUGACACACUCUGGACCUGGCAGCAGCAUGAGGAGGCGGUACAGGGGCCCAUGACAGAUUACGGGCCUGGCAGCAGCAUGAGGAGUCGGCCAUUACAGCACCCUAUCACAAAAUGGAACCCGACCAACAGUGUAAGGAGACCUGAAAGUGGCACAUGGCAGAGUCUGGCGAUGAAGUCAGCAGCAAUGGUGAGGCCGUACAGGGACCCAUGACACACACUUUGGACCUGGCAGCAGCAAGA